AUGAAGUUCUCUUCAGUACUCACGAGCGGGCUCGCAUCUUUCACACUGGUCGCUGGCCUUCCGACUGUUACAUCGCCGAGUGAACAUUCUGUUCAACAAGUCCGAAAUUCAGUAUAUAAACGAAACGGAAUUGCAGCUCUCGCCAAGAUAUAUCGAAAAUAUCACCUCGAUCUUCCGGAACACCUCGAAAGUUUAGUACUUGCUCGUCGAGAUAGUACCGGCACCGCCACCAAUAAACCUAUCGAGAAUAAUGCCGAGUGGUUGACGCCAGUUCAAAUCGGAAAUCCUCCAAGGACAUUCCAGAUGGAUCUCGAUACAGGAUCAUCGGAUCUUUGGGUAUAUGGUUCAAAAGUAGCCACUGCAGGCGGUAGCAGCAACCGAUACAAUGCCACCGAAUCGAAGUCUUGCGAGGAGAUGGCCGGUGCAAAGUGGACAAUCGAGUACGGUGAUGGAAGUGGCGCUUCGGGCCAUGUUGUGAAAGAUACGGUCUCCAUCGGCGGCCUGCCAGUGGAGGCUCAGGCGGUACAAGUCGCUGACAAAGUACAUGAGUCUUUUGCGCAGCAGCAAGACUUGGACGGCCUUUUAGGACUGGGCUUCAGCUCUAUCAACACGGUUACACCGAAGAAACAAAAGACAUUCUUCGACAAUGCGAAAACAGAGCAUAGCACUGGGGUCUUUACCGCAGAUUUGAAACAUGAUGCACCAGGUACAUAUACUUUUGGCGUCAUCAACGAGACGGCGUAUGAGGGGGAUAUUACGUAUACGACUGUUGAUUCAUCGACGGGAAUGUGGACAUUCACAUCAACGGGAUAUGCCGUUGGGAAGAGCAAUGUCACCAAGACGCCCAUCACCGCCAUCGCCGACACCGGGACAUCGCUCAUGUUCCUCCCUGAAGCAGUCAACAAGGCGUACUAUUCUCAGAUCGACGGUGCCAAAAUCGACGCAACAGCGGCAGGCUACGUUUUCCCGUGCGACACGAAAAUGCCCGACUUUACGUUCUACGUGGGGGAGACGGGUAUCACGGUCCCGGGUUCUUACAUGAAUUUCGCACCAGUCGAGGGGCCUGUCCCGGGGGAGAAGGAGAGGAGGAAGAGAGAGGUUGGGACAUGUUACGGUGGAUUGCAGUCGAGUGCGGGCGAUAUCAAUAUCUUUGGUGAUAUCGCGUUGAAGGCGGCUUUUGUAGUGUUUGAUGCGGAGAAGACGAGGAUUGGGUUUGCGAAGAAGACUUUGUCUGGAGUUGAGUAG